AUGCGGAAGUACAUAGAAGUCAAAGUGGCACAUUCCACAGAGACUGCCCUUCUGUCAGUCACUGAGAAGCUCCAUGCUGCUAGAUCUGCUAAACUUUCAUCUGUCCUCAUCCUCCUGGACCUGUCAGCUGCAUUUGACACCGUGAACCACAAGAUUCUAUUAUCUAUUCUUACAAGCCUUGGAAUUUGUGGAACAGCGUGGCAAUGGUUUGCUUCUUACCUUAAAGAUAGGUCAUAUGAGGUUUCCACCCGGAUCUCAGCAUGUCUGGCAGACAUCUCAUUUUGGAUGGCUGCUCAUCAGCUGAAGCUCAAUCUCAGUAAAACCGAACUGUUGUUUAUCCCUUGUGACUCAUCUCCAGGUCAAGACCUUGUGAUAUCCAUGGACAACAACCAAAUCACUCCCUCAACCACCGCCCGCAAUCUUGGGGUAACCGUGGACAAUCAUCUGUCAUUUUCCCCACACAUCGCUAACCUUACUCGCUCUUGUCGAUUUCUUCUUUACAAUAUCAGAAGAAUUCGCCCAUUUCUUUCUUCACAGGCUACUCAGGUGCUUGUUCAGUCCCUUGUUAUUUCAAGACUGGACUACUGCAACUCACUCCUGGCAGGCCUGCCUCUGUCCACGAUUCGUCCUCUGCAACUGAUCCAGAAUGCAGCAGCACGACUCGUUUUUAACCUUCCCAAGUUCUCCCACACCACCCCACUCCUCCGCUCCCUGCACUGGCUUCCUGUAGCUGCCCGCAUCAAAUUCAAAACACUGAUGCUUGCCUACAAAGCCAAAAAUGGCCCAGCACCCACUUACCUCUCUGCGCUAAUUACACCACGCACUGCACCACGUUGCCUCCGAUCCUCCAGCACUGCUCGCCUCAUCCCACCAUUUCUCAGGGAUCGAGGGCGGCAUUCAUCCAGGCUCUUUUCUGUUCUGGCACCUAGAUGGUGGAAUGAACUUCCUCUAGAUGUCCGUACAUCAGAGACUUUGACUAUCUUUAAACGACGACUCAAGACGCAUCUGUUUCUCCAG